ACGGUAAGAGAGAAACCCGGAGGAAGCCUGCUCUGUGCCUGGAGGGGAUCCGCCGCCAUCUCAGGUCUCUGAUUUUCUGGGGCCCAGUGGAGAAAACUGACUCCUAGGUCCUAUCAUACUUAUGGAAGACCAAGCCUGUCCCUCCGGGAGAUCUACGCUUCCACCUGGAAGCACGCGAGAAGCCAAGCCUCCAAAAAAGCGCUGCCUCCUUGCUCCGCGGUGGGAUUAUCCAGAAGGAACUCCUAACGGCAGUAAUGCCACUCUCCCCCCUGCACCUCCUCCUGCAUCAGCCGGUCUGAAGUCGCACCCUCCUCCUCCGGAAAAGUAGUGAAAUACGUGGAGUUUCCUGUCCUAAACCAGUAUUCAAGGGAUUGCAGUAUGAUUCCAUUUCCUUGGUGCAUUGGUAAAGUAGUUCAUCCAGUAAAGACAAUAAGGAUAAAUUACACUGCUACCCUGCUUUUUCUGAUGUCCAGCACCUAGAAGAUGUGAUUUUAAAGGUUCUAAUCAGCAUGAUUUCUUCUUCUGAAUUUGGAUGAAUUCUAGGACAUGGGCAGAUCAGGUUGUAGACUUCUAAGAUUGAAGGCCAUGACCUGUAUCAUGGUGAGCUCACCAAAGCAAAUAGUGUUCAUGUGAUGGUCCUGCAGCAGCCAACCAGUGAUAUUUCUCGGUGACACCAAGUCCUUGCUGUAUAAUUUAAGAUUCCAUAAAUCCAUUAACUUCCCAAUAAAUUGUGUCUCUCAUUGCUGUGUUAGAUGUAUAUGACUAUUUUCUUGUAAAUUGUGAAUUUUAAGUAAAAAUUUCUUAAGAUUUCCA